ACCCCCUGCAGACGUCUCAUUCUGUGUGCAGACAACAGGAAGGAGAUGGAGGAGUGGAUGGCCGCUCUACGCUGCAUUCAGAACAGACACAACUAUGAGUCCACCCAGUACAGCAUGGACCACUUCAGCGGGACACACAACUGGUACGCGUGCUCUCACGCCAGACCGACCUACUGCAACGUGUGCAGAGAGGCGCUGUCGGGGGUCACGUCCCACGGCCUGUCCUGUGAAGGUGUCCAUGCCCCACCAGUGGCUGGAGGGGAACCUGCCUGUCUCCGCUAAGUGUAACGUCUGUGAUAAAACGUGUGGCAGCGUCCUCCGCCUGCAGGACUGGAGGUGUCUCUGGUGUAAAGCCAUGGUGCACUCCGGCUGUAAGGAGCAGCUGUCCUCUAAAUGUCCUCUGGGUCAGUGUAAGGUCUCAGUCAUCCCUCCUACAGCUCUCAACAGCAUCGACUCUGAUGGUUUCUGGAAGGCCUCCUGCCCCCCCUCAUGUACCAGUCCUCUGCUGGUCUUCGUGAACUCUAAGAGCGGAGACAACCAGGGGGUCAAGUUCCUACGCCGGUUCAAACAGCUGCUGAACCCGGCUCAGGUGUUCGACCUGAUGAAUGGGGGGCCACACCUGGGGCUGCGGUUGUUCCAGAAGUUUGAUACGUUCAGGAUCCUGGUGUGUGGAGGAGACGGCAGCGUUGGCUGGGUUCUUUCUGACAUAGACACUCUCACACUGCACAAACAGUGCCAGCUGGGGGUUCUCCCUCUGGGGACGGGGAACGACCUGGCCCGGGUCCUGGGCUGGGGGGCCGCCUGCGACGACGACACACAGCUGCCCCAGAUCCUGGAGAAACUGGAGAGGGCCAGCACCAAGAUGUUAGACAGGUGGAGUAUUAUGGUCUAUGAGACAAAAUUUCCACGGCAACGUUCUGCAUCCUCCGUCACCGAGGACUGCAGUGAGGACUCUGAGGUUCAGGAGAUUCUGACCUAUGAGGACUCGGUUGCUGCUCACCUGUCCAAGAUCCUGACAUCAGACCAGCACUCUGUCGUCAUCUCCUCAGCCAAGGUCCUGUGUGAGACGGUGAAGGACUUUGUUGCUCGGGUGGGUAAAGCGUACGAGAAGAACACAGAGAGUUCAGAGGAGUCCGAGAGCAUGGCCAAGAAGUGCUGUGUGCUGAAGGAGAAGCUGGACUCUCUCCUCCAGACUCUGAACCAGGAGGCCCAGGCCUCCACGCUGCCGGCUCCCCCCCCCACCAUCGCCGAGGAGCAGGAGGAGGCCGAGGGGGUCGCCAUGAAAACCUCUUCCUCCUCUUCAUCACCAUCAUCAUCACCAUCAUCAUCAUCAUCAUCACACCCCCCUCCACCAGCCGCCAUCUUUAAACCCAGAGAGCAGCUGAUGCUGAGAGCCAACAGUCUGAAGAAAGCCAUCAGACAGAUCAUCGAACACACCGAGAGAGCGGUAGAUGAGCAGAAUGCUCAGACCCAGCAGCAUCAGCAGCUGUUCUCUCCUCUCGGUGCUGAGGAAGACGAGGGUCUGCCAGAGGAGGAAGAGGAGGAGGACAAGGUCUCUCUGCAGUCGUCCUACAGCACCAAGCAACGCAGCACACGCAGAGUCACUAAGACUCCGUGUGAGAGGCUGAUCAGUAAAGGCGGCCUAUCACUGGGCAGCUCUGCGUCACUUCCUCUCCAGACAGGAAGUAGGGAGAACAUGCCCAUGCUGAACACAAAGAUCCUCUAUCCAGCUCUCAGAGGUUUCUCAGCUUCUCUCUCCAGCAGUUCUGUCAUCAGUCGACUAUUGGUCAAUGCCGACCCGUUCAGCUGUGACCCCGACAACAUGUUACAGUGUGAUGGGCGUCCGAUCCCUCUCCCCAGUCUGCAAGGCAUCGCUGUGUUGAACAUCCCGAGCUACGCCGGAGGAACCAACUUCUGGGGAGGAACCAAAGAGGACGAUACGUUCACAGCUCCGUCCUUCGAUGAUAAGAUCCUGGAGGUGGUGGCCGUGUUCGGCAGCAUGCAGAUGGCUGUCUCCAGGGUGAUCAACCUGCAACACCACCGCAUUGCACAGUGCCGGAUGGUGAAGAUCACUAUCCUGGGUGAUGAAGGCGUCCCGGUGCAGGUAGACGGGGAGGCCUGGGUCCAGCCUCCAGGUUACAUCAAGAUCAUCCACAAGAACCGGACCCAGACCCUGACCAGGGACAGGGCGUUCGAGAGCACCCUGAAGUCCUGGGAGGACAAACAGAAGUGUGAGUUUGUCCGGUCGCCCCCCCCUCCGCCGGCCGCGUCCUCACAGCCGGAGAUCGUCUCCGAGGAAGAGACGGCGCUCGUCAGCGAGUUGGGACAGGCAGCUGGAGCUCUCAUACACAGUAUCCGGGAGGUGGCCCAGUCUCAUCACAGUCUGGAACAGGAACUGGCUCACGCUGUCAACGCCAGCUCCAAGGCCAUGGACGUGGUCUACGCCAAGUCCAACACCUCCGGGGCCCUGAGCUGCAGUCUGGUCCUUCAGAUGGUCAGCAACGUCAAAGCCUUACUCAGUGAGACUGAACUGCUGCUGGCUGGGAAGAUGUCCAUGCAGCUGGAUCCUCCCCAGCAGGAACAGCUGACUGCAGCUCUGAGUUCGGUGUCUCAGCAGCUCCGACGACUCGCUGACGUUCCCUGGCUCAGUCCCGUCAUCGACGAGGGUCCUCUGACAGAUUUUUCCAAACGCAGUCGGAGCGCAAAGUUUCGUCUCGUCCCGAAGUUCAAAAAAGACAAAAACAACAAAAACAAAGAGACCUGCGCUACUCUGUCUCUGCCAGUUCACCAGUGGGGGACAGAGGAGGUGGGGGCGUGGCUGGACUUCCUGUGUCUCUCUGAGUAUAAAGACAUCUUCAUCGGACACGACGUCCGCGGAGCCGAACUCAUCCACCUGGAGAGGAGGGACCUGAAGGAUCUGGGUGUAACUAAAGUAGGUCACAUUAAGAGGAUCCUUCAGGGAAUCCGAGAGAUCAACAGGAACAGCAGCGCCAGCGAGGCCUGAAGACGCCGUCAGAUGCAGCGAUGUGAUAACGGACGUUUCCUCUGACCCUGAACACAGCCACAUGCUGUGACAUCACAUCUGACGCUCGCUGUGAUUGGACCAAUACCAGGACCCGCUAGUGCCUUGUCAUCUCACCCGGGAGGCGGAGAGGGCGGGGCCUAACAUGGAUCCACCGCCACCAGAGACUUUUAAACCUUUAUUGACAUUGUCUUACCUUCAGACCCAAACAGAACGUUUAGAACAAGUCUGCCGAGUCAGAGACUCUCUGUGUGGAGAGGACACGCGUUCACGUUCUCCCUUUGGUCUCAUUUCUUUAGAAUCUGCAGAAUCUGUCUUCAUGUCUUUCUGUCUUCAUGUCUUUCUGUCUUUCUGUCUUCAUGU